AGGGUAAAUAAGAGCUCGUGCUGUGAUGGGGGAUGGGAUGGCUCGCAGCUCUCGUGCUCCAGUAACGAAACGCUCUCAGUAAUCUCUAUUUUCCUCACUAUUUCGAUGCUGAUUUAAAAUAAAUUCGUCUUUUCCGUUGCCGCAUGUGUUACGUGGCAUCUGAAGAGCAAAAAGAAUUGGCGUGCGAUUGAAUUUAGGUGCAGAAAGCAAUCAAAAUGUAUCCCGUUGCUGCAGCUGGUGCUGCUGAGCUGUGUCAGGGACAUCCAUCCUCAGGGUCAGAUGUUUCUGCUCCACUGUCUCCACCAGCACCAGAGUAUGUCUUCAAACCGCCUCAACGGCCAGACUUCGGCACAAUGGGUAGGACAAUCAAGCUUCAGGCCAACUUCUUUGAAAUGGAAAUACCGAAGUUGGAGGUGUACCAUUAUGACAUAGACAUCAAGCCUGAGAAAUGCCCACGGAGAGUUAACCGAGAAAUUGUUGAGCACAUGGUCCAGCACUUUAAAACGCAGAUCUUUGGAGAUCGAAAGCCUGUGUAUGAUGGGAGGAAGAAUCUAUACACUGCCAUGCCUUUACCCAUUGGAAGGGACAAAGUGGAGCUGGAGGUCACAAUUCCAGGAGAGGGAAAGGACAGGAGCUUUAAAGUAGCUAUAAAGUGGAUGUCCUGUGUGAGUCUGCAAGCUCUACACGAAGCACUGUCAGGACGACUACCAAACAUCCCCUUUGAGACCAUUCAGGCUCUGGAUGUUGUAAUGAGACAUUUGCCCUCUAUGAGGUACACCCCAGUUGGACGUUCAUUCUUCACUCCCUCUGAAGGCUGCUCCAACCCCCUCGGUGGAGGGAGAGAAGUUUGGUUUGGUUUCCACCAGUCUGUUCGACCGUCCCUUUGGAAAAUGAUGCUUAACAUUGAUGUGUCUGCAACUGCAUUCUACAAAGCUCAACCUGUGAUUGAGUUCAUGUGUGAGGUUUUGGAUUUUAAAAGCAUUGAAGAGCAACAGAAGCCCUUAACAGACUCCCAAAGAGUGAAGUUUACCAAGGAGAUCAAGGGUCUGAAGGUGGAGAUCACGCACUGUGGACAGAUGAAGAGGAAAUACAGGGUGUGUAAUGUAACAAGGAGACCAGCCAGCCAUCAGACGUUUCCCUUGCAGCAAGAGAAUGGUCAGACCAUUGAAUGCACUGUCGCACAGUACUUCAAGGAUAAGUACAAACUGGUGCUGCGAUACCCACAUCUCCCAUGUUUACAAGUUGGUCAGGAGCAGAAACACACCUACCUUCCCCUGGAGGUCUGUAACAUAGUAGCUGGGCAGAGAUGCAUCAAAAAACUGACUGACAAUCAGACCUCCACUAUGAUACGUGCCACUGCCAGGUCUGCGCCUGACCGUCAGGAUGAGAUCAGCAAACUUAUGAGAAGUGCCAACUUCAACACUGAUCCUUAUGUGCGUGAGUUUGGCGUCAUGGUAAGAGAGGAGAUGACUGAGGUCAACGGUCGGGUCCUUCAGGCCCCUUCAAUUCUCUAUGGAGGAAGGAACAAAGCAAUAGCAACCCCAGUUCAGGGUGUGUGGGACAUGAGGAACAAGCAGUUCCACACAGGUAUUGAGAUCAAAGUGUGGGCUAUUGCCUGCUUUGCUCCACAGAGGCAGUGCACUGAACUCCUUUUAAAAGCCUUCACUGACCAGCUCCGAAAGAUCUCUCGUGAUGCUGGGAUGCCCAUUCAGGGCCAGCCAUGCUUUUGCAAAUAUGCCCAGGGAGCAGACAGCGUGGAGCCCAUGUUCAAACAUCUCAAGUACACUUAUCAAGGCUUACAGUUGGUGGUGGUCAUCCUACCUGGGAAGACCCCUGUUUAUGCUGAGGUGAAGCGUGUUGGAGACACCGUUCUUGGCAUGGCCACACAAUGUGUCCAGGUAAAGAAUGUACAGAAGACCACACCUCAGACCCUUUCCAACCUCUGUCUCAAGAUUAAUGUCAAACUAGGUGGAGUCAACAACAUUCUUCUUCCACAGGGCAGGCCCUUAGUGUUUCAACAGCCAGUCAUCUUUCUGGGUGCAGAUGUGACUCACCCCCCAGCUGGAGAUGGCAAGAAACCCUCUAUUGCUGCUGUGGUUGGCAGUAUGGAUGCCCACCCAAGCCGAUACUGUGCCACGGUGCGGGUGCAGCAGCACCGUCAGGACAUUAUUCAGGAUCUGGCCACGAUGGUGAGAGAGCUGCUCAUCCAGUUCUACAAAUCCACACGCUUCAAACCCACUCGCAUUAUCUACUACAGAGACGGCAUCUCAGAGGGGCAGUUCAACCAAGUUCUGCAGCAUGAGCUGCUGGCUAUCCGUGAGGCCUGCAUCAAGUUAGAAAAAGAUUACCAGCCAGGCAUCACCUUUGUAGUAGUCCAAAAGAGACACCACACCAGGCUCUUCUGCAUGGACAGGAAUGAACGGGUUGGAAAGAGUGGCAACAUUCCUGCUGGCACCACAGUCGACACCAAAAUUACCCAUCCAUCGGAGUUUGACUUCUAUCUUUGUAGUCAUGCCGGAAUUCAGGGAACCAGCAGGCCCUCUCACUAUCAUGUGCUGUGGGAUGACAACCAUUUCACCUCUGAUGAGCUGCAGGUCCUCACCUACCAGCUGUGCCACACCUAUGUGCGCUGCACCCGCUCUGUCUCCAUUCCUGCACCAGCCUAUUACGCCCACCUGGUGGCAUUCCGUGCACGCUACCACUUGGUUGACAAAGAACACGACAGUGCUGAGGGCAGCCACACAUCAGGUCAGAGUAACGGCAGAGACCAACAGGCCCUGGCCAGAGCUGUGCAAAUCCACCAGGACACACUGCGCACCAUGUACUUCGCGUGAACAUAACCAGAAACAAGCCCCUCCUCCUCAAAACAGCACGGUGUGUGUGUGUUUGUGUGUGUGCCUCAUUUGUAUAAUGGGUACUUUCAGACGAAAACAAAAAAAGACUCCAGAAUCUCCAUGCUGUUAGGUUUCAUAAUGCCCACGUAGUAAUUUCCAAACAUACUUAAAAUCCUGUCAUGAGUUUUAGAACUGUAAGAUGUGAAUUCAUUAAUUUAUCUUUUUUAUUAUUAUUAUUUGGUUAAGUGGGUGUGGUUGUGUAUCUCUGUUGUACAUGUGCAUGUCAAAUUAGAGGUUACCAUGUUUACAUAGUCAAUCCAAAAAUGUAAACUAUUUUUACACUGAAAGUUACAUUUGCAGGGGGUGGGGUCUUGGUUCAAUAUUCUUGCCAUGGUGUGGAGACUGUUGAGCAGUAGUUUUUUACAAACUCUUCAAACCAAUGGGUUAGGGUUAGUUUAGGACAACAUGGAUCAGGUUUAGGGCUUGUGGGGAGGCAGUUUCCACAGCUAAAUUAUUUAUCAGCAAAGCAAGUGCACUGAGCAGAAGGGGACUUCAGGACAAAAGUACUUAUCCUGUUUUAUUACAUUUAUUUGUACUAAUAUGAAUUUUUAUCUUGGUGUCAUAUAUUGUUCAGUCCAGGGCUCAGUCAACCUACUGUACCUGUCCUUCCAUGACUAAUCAAGCAUUGUCAUAUGCUUGCAUUGGAAAAUUGUAACUUAAAAUAAGUGCAGAAUCAAGAACACGUUGAGCUAUUUGGAAGUGAGAAUGUAGAAAUUGUUCUGACAAUCAGUUUUCUGGUUCUCUGCCACUCAAAUGAGACUGGUUCUCAUCAGUGACACCCUCCGUAUACCUAAGCCAGUAUUCUCUGUGUGGAAACAGCUCUUAAAAAUAGUCAAUUGUUUGUUCAAGUAUUGUCUUUUUAAAAUACUAAUAUCUUUAGAUUCGAAGCAUUUUCAUGAUGAGAUUAUCUUGAACGAAUUUUAUAAUUUCUGCCAUGAGCAUUUCUCUCUUACUUGUCCGCUGUGAUCGUAACAACCUAAGGUUUCGGUGGGUGGGUACAUGAUUUCAGUUUUUUUUCUUUUUCACAACUCCAUUCAGGAAAUAUGUAUUACUUUACACUUUGUUCAAGCACCUGUUUUGAGAUUUUAAUUUCAAAAUGUGUCCCCACAUUGAAACAAGGCCAGUUUUGUGCUGAAUAUUUGAGGAUCUGUAGCCCUGUGCUCUGUAAUGUUUCCAAUGGUGAAGUUUGAUUGUGCUGUGCUGGUGUUGAGGUUUAAACACUGUAAAUUACAGUUCCUCAAUCAACACUUUCCAGCUGACCAUACAGGCAAACAAGACUUUGAGGGCAGGGAAGGGAGGGAGAAGGGCAAGUGUUUAAGAAUAACACUGAUAUCAGUCACAUUAUUCACAGAGACACGACAAGGUUGGAGUGAAAAUUCUAUACAAAUUUCAAAUGCACCUUAGAUUUCUUACCCAGAAGCUAUCUCAAUAGUCUAUAACUUGUAGGUUUUCAUCAUGAGAAUUUUACCAAUCCUUUUUUGAGAACCCAAGAUUGUCUUUAUAGACAAAAAUAAUUGUGUGAAUUUCUUUCUUUUAGAGACCUUAAGGAGUUUUGUAGACUGACAGGGUUGGGCCACUAGGCAAGUGGUGGUUAGCGUAACCUACGAGGAACAUUUGCUAAAGAGAAAAUCAAUACAAACUUAGUUAAAAUUGAAGCGCAAUACAUUGUAUAUGUCUUGGUGUACUGUUUUAAUGUAAACAGUUCUAUGGCUUUUAGAGGAUAUCAUGUGAAGUGAUAAUUGAUUGAGUCUUGUUAGUUAAUUAACUGUAAGCUCACUUCCCCAUAUAAUGCUUCAAUUUUAACUUGAAAUAUUUGGGAAUUUUUAACUAUCUUUUUCUAACUAUGCAUUCUUAACCAAGAGAUUUUAGUGGUAUGUUUGUGAAUAUGAAUUUAGAACAUUUGUAAAGUAGUCAUUUUAAUGCUGGGUACUUUUAGUAGUGUAAAUAGUGCAAACCCUAUUCCCACUGUAGCAGUAUUAGCAUAACAAAACACUCUAUUUUUAUUAUCAACAAUUGGAUGUUCUUUAUAUGGCUUUCAAUUAUUCCUGUUAGCGAAACAAGAUUACAUAUGUACUUUUAGUUAAUGUCCGACCGUAACUGAAGCACAAUGGGACAUAAUUGUAGGUGCUAGAGUUUGAGACAACCAUUUGGUUUUUAAUCUUGUUCAGCCUCAUCUUUUAAACAAGAAAAUCAUAGACUGUAAGAGAGGAUCAUGGAUAUGUUCGAUUUUGAAUCUGGUGGAAAUUUAUGACAUUCUGACCCUGAAACUUUGCUAUCAAUUUAUGUCUUUUUUUUUUUCUUUUUUUUUUUUGCCAACUCUAAACCCAUCAAACUGUGUGUAAGGGGUAUUUUAGCUUGUCUUCACGUACUUGACUGUGUUAUGUUAUUAUUUGGCGCUGGUCUCGCAACUUGUGAAAGUAGAUGCACUUUGAAGAGCAAUGGACACAAGACCCUUAGUUCUGGUAGUUUUGAAAUGGAAGCCUACCUGUGGAACAUGAAUAUGUUUUCUGGGUGCAGUUGUGUGGAAAUGACUAGAUGUCCUACCUCUUGUUACCUGUUACUUGUAUUAUGGUAACAUACCGCACUGGUCAUUUCUUCAUAAUUACACAUGGGAAAGUUAUAUUUUUGUCCCUCUGAAUUUAGUGUUAGAUGUCACAAAAAAUCUUGAAAACAUGCUCUAAAAUGGCUAUUUUUUUUUCUCUCUCUCUCUCCAUUCUCAUCUCUUCAGAGGCCAUACCUGCUGUCAUUUAUCCUAGAUGAUUAACCAUUCCCAUUUUGGAUAGUGUUUAAGCUAUGUAUUCAAAACUAAUAUUGAGUGCUGCAAGUAUCAGAUGAAAGUCAGACAUGAAUCCAAAAGAAUAUUAUAUGUGAACAAGUGGCUUAUUGCUUUAAAUGUUAAACACAUAUUUUAAACAUAUGCUAUAAAAAUGUUCAUAAAUGUAUAGUGUAAAUGUCGGUUUUACCAUUUUCUGUCCUCUGAAAUUGCAAUUCAUCAUUGCUUUAUUCAUGUAUUCAUUUGAACGUGUCACCUUGAUUUCUUGUUUUUCUUAACUUUAGGUUUGAAUAAGUAGUAUUUAUAAUUUAGCAUCAGGAAUUACGUGAGAUGAAAUAAUUGCUUAAACUACUAAUUAGAUAUAUUCUGGAACAAUCUCAUUUUCUAGUUUGAGUUUUUAGUUUAACCUUUAAAAAUCAGCACCUUAGUCAAAGGUCUACAACAUAUGCAAUUUCUCAAGUAUGAAAUAUAAGAUGUUUUUGCACUAUAUCAGAAGUGGUGUUACUAUUUUGCAUACAGAUUGUAAGGUUUGAGAAAAGUGUAGGCUCCUCAGCACCAGUGUUUUGGCCUUGUUCAUUUGUAGUUCAUAUACAAAUGCAUUGGCACUACUCUAUUAGAAAUUUAUAAUAGACAUAAGAAGGUUUUGAGUUCUUACACUAUGCAAAACUCAUUUCCAUUCAGAGCCGGCACGUUUAUGUAUUCUGGUACUUUUUUAACUUUUUAAACAGAAACUGUCAGAUUGUGGCUGUAAAGUAUAUGCUGUAUGCACCCCAAAAUGUAAGAAUUAAGGACUUGAAAGUCCUACAUUUUUAAUUGAUUUAUUUUUAUGAUUUUUUUUACGAUUUCACUGCCUCCAUAAAUAAGACAAUUCACUUUUUUAAAUUAGUUUGGACACAAGGUGAAUUGUUCAAUUUAAAUAAUUCCUGUCAAACAUCUUUGCAUGUAGAUGGAAGGGAGGCUGAGGAACGGAAUACAAUGCUGAUUUUAUAGAGACACUUCUAUCUUUGCUGCAGCAUCUCGAGUUCAAAUAGAGAUAGUGUUAACUGAGAUUUGAAUUGUGCAUAAUUUUUUCCCUGGAAGCUUAGAAUUAUUUAUCUAUCAAUGUUAUGUCUACCAUUAUGCUGACUUUCAUGGAUGUCUCUUGCAUCAUCAUUAAUAGAGUUCUGAUUUUUGCUUCUUGUAUAUUGCUUAGCUUAGUAUCUAUUUAGCUUUGUGUGGGGUUACAAUGUCCACAUGCCUUUUUGCUUUAAACAUCAUGGUUGGAAUAAUGUGUAAAAUUAGGGCUUACGGCUACUGAUUAUUAAGCCGUCACUGUCAGACUUAUUACAUAUUUGGUGCCCCACUGUUUGAAUGUUGUAUGCAAAAUACCAAUCUCAUCAAGAGAAUUGUGCUUCCCCCAUGUUCAGUAAGAGGUGUCUUAUCAACCUUAUGAGAUAUAUUGCUAAUGUAUUUACAUUAGACAUUUGCACUAGUUUUAGUCUGAAACAGAAACGUAAGCCUCGCUCUACAUAUAUAGCAGUAGUUUUUUGUAACUUUCCUCUUUGCUUUUCCACAUCUUAAGGUGGAAAGCCUAGAAAUAUGCUACCUUUAUGACCUGCUCAGACCGCAAGGAUACAAACGAACAGUUUGAAUGUACUUCAUAUGCCUGCAUUUUGAAAUAGUGGUCAUAAUAUCCAUGUUAUUAUUUGCAUUUGUUUGCUCCACUUGGUUUCAUGCAUGCAAAUUUAAAGCUGCAUUGAGUCAUUAGGCUUUAAUGAUCGGAGAGAGAACUAUAACUCAUUCAUGGUUGUAGAGUACUAAAUUAACACAUGGAGUGGCUUAAACAUUUGGGAAAUUGAUUCAGAAUACACACUGGCACAAAGAUCUGUGCAUUGCUGAUGUUUGUGGUGCUGUACUGUAAUGCUUAUGUUCAUAUUUUGACCCAUUAAGCCAGAUUCUGAUCACUGUUUCUAAGCCCUUUUUGCAUUACCAGCAAACUCUCUGUGGUGGUCCCAUAUUAAUGAUAGUAGUACUUGCCAAGCCCCAGUUCAUUGUGCACAAACUAAACACCUACUCAGUUCAUUAGUUGUCAGAUAAUUUUCAUUUAGCCAUACAAAUUUCAGAACAAAUUCUUUUGGCUUUUUUCCACUUCCAAGUUCUUUAGCUCAUUGAAAAAUAGUGUAACUGACCAAACCUGAAGCUUUUCCAUUUUGUGAGGGAUUACAAUGUCUCUAGUAUACUGUUAAGAGCACAGUACCAUUAGUUGGCAUUACAUGCUAAUAACUUUUUUGAUUAAAAUAUGAGCAUGCAUGUAAGUUGGAAAUGGGGUGUUGAGACGAAUUAAUUGGAAUAGUUGAGAGCGUAAUCACAACCUAGCUUUUUAAAAAAACUUUUUAAACUACCUCAGAAUGGUGUCAGGUGCUAACGUUAAAUAUCCCUUAUAUAUGUAUAUCUGCUCAUGACAAAGAACAAUAAUUGUGACCAAACAACACAAGCCUAUACUGUGUGUUAAGUGUUUAGUUUUGUUUCACAUUUUUUUUAAACCAUUUUUGUGGUGGAUCAACAUGAGGGAUGUUUAGGCAUGUAAUAAAAUUGCAGGGGACCAAAAUAUGAUCUUUUAUUUUUUUCUUUUUAAAAUGUGGUGAUAAAAGAAUACUCAUCAGCUUGUUGAGAACUGCACAACAACAAAAAAGAGCUUUAUUCAUGCUCCAGACAUAAUUUAUUUGCAAUCAGAAUGAUUCUUUCUGGUAAUUUUUACAUUAGUUUUGAGUGGAAAUGGAGCUAUUCUCGGAUCUUCUGGUCAGAUCUAUGGAGAGCAAUAGCUAGGAAUCUGAUUUUAUCAAGUCAUCACAAAGGCUUGUGUCUGGGUGGACUUCAGUUCAGGCCAAGAUUAUUGCCAAAUGAAAAUGUAGUGGUUGAGAUGGUAUGGUUUCUUCAGACUGGGGCCUUUUCUAGAUCAUGUCUAGAUGGGGAGAAAUAUCCAAUGACCACUGCUCUUGUGUUUAAUGUACAGUAUGUUUGGGAAACUGACAACAUUUUCCUAUGAAGCAGCUCGUCAACCUGUGUCAAAUGGCAAUCUUAUCAUUGAGUUUUAAUGUCUUCAGAGUGCUAGCAUUAUACUUGAUUCUUUUACUUGAUUUAUAUCCAGUAUUGCAAUAAAGAGUUUUGAAAUUCGCACUCAUUAGAUUUGAUCUGUUUGAUGAAAGUUCAUAAGGGUAGUGUCAGGUCUCAGAUAAGCUAUAUAUUUAAGCAUUUUCAUUUUAAGAUGAAGUGUUGAAGUGUAUUUACCUUGCUACAUUUUCUGAAGGGAAUUCAAUUUUGAUUUCUUCUCUCUCAAACUCUUGAGGAUGUGUUCCAAAGCAUUCUGAUACACUGGCAUUUGAGUUUCUUGAGAGAGUUUGAUAAAUAUAAAGGUACAAAAGGUUGUAUGGAAAGAAGAUUUUUGUUUAUCAUUAACUAUGUUUCCAUCCAAGGUUUUUUUUUUUUUUUGCGACAAAGUGUAGCGCUUCAAAAAGUUUACUGAUAUAGCUGAUGGAAAUGCAAAUUACCGCUAAAAUUUCACGUGACGACAUAAUAUUUUUCCAUUUAACUCUAGCGUAUAAACUCUGUCUACUUCAAAUGUCAUGAAAAACUGGUUUGGAAUUUUUUUUUUUUUUUCGAGAAAAUUGCCAGUAAUGCAAAAAUAGUGUCACAUGACAGAAUUUACCCCAAUCAUUAACCUGUGUUAAUCAUGACGACAAGGUAUACAUCCUUGAAAGCCAGUUUAUGAUAUGUGAAGCAUUACUCGCACUGUUAUGGAUUGGUCUUAACGGCAUACCUGCAUAGAUCCAAUGCUGAAAACACAUCUGCGUCAUGACACUUCCAGGAGUGCCAAUGCAAAUAUCUCGUAUAAUGCACCUGUCAUCGGCAAGUGCACGGAGAACAAAUGAAUGGCUACUCUUUGUGAUUAAUUUAAUCACGGUAGCCAUCCGUUUAUUUAUUAAAGUUGCUUUUCCACACCAUUCAAAAUAAUAGACGGCAGUCAUGGAAUUAGCCCACAAUACCAAAAACAUAUUUCUGUGCACCAAGAUGUUUUAAAUUAAAAAUAAAUACACAAUACUAGGAGAGAAACGUCAGUGUGCUUUUUUGGAACGCAGCCCAAUUAUAUUAAAUUAUUGUUAUUAUUGUCGAAAAAAUAUUGUUAGGCCUAUAUAAUUGCCUUUUCUUUACACAAACUUAAAUUAGCCUUACCCUGUUCUGUAGACUAAAAAAGUAAGCUGAAUGACAUUUUCAGAAUGUUCUACACUUUUUUUCAAGACUAUAAACUAUCAGAACUAUUUGUCCAAUGCUGAGUUCACUUUCAGAAAAUGACCUUUUGAACAUUUUAAAUAUUUUAAAUCUAACCCUCUUUACCUCGGAUCGCAUUUGCUGAGCUUCUUCAGAAAAUGUAAAUUGCAUUAGGACACUAAAAUUAAUUUGAGAUGACUAUCAAGUUCAGUUGAUCGUUAAAAGUUGCUGGACAAAUAAGCGGGACAUAAUGCAGUUGUGAUGGCGAUGCUUUAGAGAUGAUUGUUCAGAAUAGCCUAUUGAAUAUCAGGAAUGUAUCAUAUGUAAACCCUGAUAUUAUAUCGCAUCAAUUUUUCUUUAAUAGCUGUGCACACAGUAUAUACACAUCGAUGGAUGGUUCUUAAGACCGAAAGUUUCCCCCACUACUUGGUACAGGUUGCCAGCUUGAACAGGGCCAUGACGAUUCGCUUUCGGGUCGGAACCGGUGGCAAUCUGCGAUAGGCGCAACAUUAGGACCGGGGGGACUAAAAACUUAUACAAGAAAGUGUUUAAGCAUGACGUCAUUACGCACACUAUUUUUAUCAAUAAAAGUCCAUUUGGAUGGAAACGGCAAAUUUCCUGCAUUUUUUUUUUUUUUUUUUUUUUACACAAUUCUCACUUUGUCGAUAACAAAACAAAAAGUGGAUGGAAACUUGGUUAUUGGCAAGCUUAAAAACGUCCAGCGUGUUUUUGUUUUUAUAUGUGCCUUUUCAGAUUGAUCCCACCCCGAUUAAUGGACUAUCCUUUGAAAUUUUAUACUCAGCGCCACAUCAAAUAAUUUGUACAUUUAUCAUGCAACCUUGAGUGAAUGCUGCAUAGAAUGAUCAGUAUUUGUAUUUUGCACUUUCUAAGCAGUUUAAAGGAUGUCCUGUUUUAAUUGGGCAUAAAGACUAAGAAUAUUUAAGACGAGGUAUUUUCUGCUAUAAUAGGAAUUCUAAGGAACCAUAUGACUUGUUGGUCUUUUCAAAAACAAAGUGUAUAGAUGUGAAGUACCUCAUAAGCCUGAUAAAUGCUGCAUAAACUUCAUUUAUUGUUCUUUUGUUAACCUAAUUUUUCAGAAAUUGCAAAACAAUUUCCCCAACAGAGAGGUUUGAUGCCCACAUAAAGCUGUGCAAGAGCCUACAGAAUUAUUUGUGAUCGACCACAGCCACUAUAUAAACAAUAUUUUUGUACCACGUUUACUUGUUGGGUAUCAAUGUUGCACAGAAAAUGCAAUUCUAACAUUAGACUUAAAGCGUGAUACAACAUUUUGUAUUGUUUCCAAGCAUCUAGUUUUAGCAUUGGCCAGUUGAUCACAACUAUUGGAUAUGUAGUGACAUCUUGCAGUCAAAAGUUACAGUUGACUCAGGUAUUGCCAUUAAGGGCUGUAUCUGCUAUUGCCUCUCUUACCCAAAUUCCCUCACCUGUGUCUUAAUGUAGCCUUAGAACUGCAUAUAUGGAUGGAACAUUAUGGAGAAUAUCUGGCCUUAAAAUAUGCACUAUUAACCAGAACAUGCAAGUCACUACACAUCAGGCCAUAUAUUUUUGCCAUAAAACUACCUCCUAAGAAUGUAGGAGUGUCCUGGAGCUGCCAGAAGGUUUCAUUUUCUUUGGUUUUAUAUUCCAAAUAGUUCUAUGUAAAUUGACAAUCAUCAUUUUAUUCCAUGCCAUAGAUUAUAACACUUAUUUUUCAAAAUGGAAAAUUGAUAUCUGUUAUUUAAAGCGAUCUAUAAUUAAGUGAAUUAUAAACAACUGAAAUUCCGGGACACUCAAGUUGAUUCUGUAUGUUUUGAUUUUUGUUUUACUUUUAUGUUUUUUUUUGUUGUUGUUGUUUUUUGUUUUUUUUUCAAGACCAUGUCCACAUUAGCCAUGGAAGAGCCAAAUGACCAAAGUUUCAAUUCGAUGGCUUUCUUGCAUUGCCUUGUGGUCUCAAACCUCCAGCUCACAUCAGCAAUUUAUCUUUCAUUUAACCUUGUGUUUGCUCUUUUUAAAACAUGCCAAAUAAAAUUUGCUUUCAUUCGUCAUGGCAAAGUCUUUCAUUUCUCAUUCAUGUGUUUGCAUUCACUGCAAAGCUCUUUGACUUUGUUUCUUGUUAAAGUGUGAGCUUAAAUUAUUAUUUUUUUUUUUAACAAAUAUGAUUAUAAACCAAGAUAUGCUGUAAACCCUGCUAAGACAUAAUGUGAAAACGUAUCAUUUAAUAUAGCUCACUUUCGCUUGACUGUGUAAUGCAUCAUUUAAUAAACUUAAUUUCCUCUGA